ACUUGUGGCAGAAGACUCCGCCCACAUGAGGGGGGGGGGGGUAUUCACACAUCAAACCUGGCUACACAAAAGUGAUAUUUGGAAACUGUUUAGAGAGCCAAAGGAAUCAGAGGCCGGUCUUGAGUCAAAUGAUUGUCUUCCAUCUCUGCCCUGUGCGGCCUAUUUACAGCCCGCAGCUGAGGGCGACGCAGGGCGUGUUGCUAUCGCUGGCAGGUGCAGGAGCAGGUUGAGCAGGUUGUUCUCUGAAUGCCACGCUGUUGGGCCCUCCUCCCUGCCUCUCUCUCCAGGACGGCUGGUGAUUCACUCUUACAAAGUGGCAGAUCGAGACAAAGACAAAAUGCAAUCUUUAAAAAUCGUGGCGGGUCUACUUCUGUUUGCCCAAGCGUUUCACCCGGCACUGUUUCAAGACUCGACGGACUCUCCUGGACGCACGAUUGACCCAAGCUGGCUCCGUGAUCAAAAACUGAAUCCUCUUGUUACAAAAGAGAAUGACUAUGAUCAGGGGACUGAGAUACCAGAUUUAAACAACGAUUUUAGUAGUGGGGUACCAUCUGGCUCUUUGGCCGUGAGUAAUGAAGAGGAGGAAAAUCUGGCAAGACAGAUCAGGAAUGACACAGAAUUACCAAAUGAGCAAAGUAACAAAACAGUUAGCCUACAACUAGAAUUUGAUAAUGAUACAAGUGUGGAACCAGAAUUUUCCGAUGCCAACAUCUCUAACUCAAGCCAAACCAACAGCACUCAGCCUACAGAUGUACUUAAUGCAACAGCAAAUCCGGAGAACGCAACCCGAGCUGGAGAUUUCUCAAACAGCACUAAGAUACAGUCAACAACUUCUGCUCCGGAGAACAACACAACUGCCCCAGACGUGAACAAAGGGCUAAGAAACAGCACUGGUAGCAAUACCACAGUCCAAUCCACAACUGCACCAAACCCACAAAACAGCACUGGAACAAACAGCAAAACUGCAGUGACCACAGCAGCACAGGAGACGGACAGAAUUUCCACUGCUUCGCCUUUUACAACGGUGCAGCUAUUUGAGAACCCCGAGAGGAGCACAGAGAGUUCAUCAACGGCUGCUCCCAACACAGUGGAGAAGACCAACAGGACAUUUGCGGGGGGCUCAGGAAGAGGUUUGGAAUUAGACCCCUAUAGGAGUAGGAGGAGUGUGGCGUGGCUUGCUGUGCUGGGGACGGUGGCAGCUGUGGCUGUUGUGGGAUUCGUUGCGUACAGCAUCAUGAAGAAGCGACAACAAAAAGCUUUCUCCCACAGGAAGCUGGUUGAAGAGUUCCCCUCAGAACCAGUUCUUAGAUUAGACAAUGGGGACCCUUUGGACCUGCGCCGUGGUGGUCCCGCCUAUUACAACUCAGGACUUCAAGGGGACGAAAUCCAAAUGACCAACAUCCCAUCACGCCGCUAAAAAGCCUCAAGAUCAAAGUUAUAAACUUUUUUUUUUUUUGGAAGAAAGGGCACCAUUGGUAACCACAAUCGGACGGAACGUGGAGUUUUGUAAAUAGGACUGUCUUCACAGGAACGUUUGGGAAAGGGGACCGGGGUCUGCUGUUAAUGAUCACAAAGAUGCUUCACAUACACACAGAUUAUGCAAUGAAUUUGUGAGAUUUAGUGUGAUAAAGAAAUGGACUGCUUAUGGAUAUCUGAGGAACAGGCAACGUAAUUGUUUGGCUUAUUUAUUUCGCCAAAGGGAAUCAAAUUACUUUUUUUUUGUUUUCAGAUGAAGGAAAUUAUAUUCAGAUUUUUUAUACAUGCAUACAUAUUUUUUCUUAAAUGUGACGCUCCUUUUGAGGGUAGAAGUAGAAACACUAAUAGAUAGGCAAAGCAAAUCAAAUGAAAAGCGGCUUUUGCUGAUGGACACACAUGAAUUAUAGGAGAAAUGCCAGUGUCCCGCUGCGUGAGAACAGAUGACACAGCUGGUCCACUGAGGCAUUCCAGAAAAUUCAGAAGGCACGGGGAACAAUAACAUCAUCCAUAUCAGCAAUCACCUGCUGUUACAGCAUGAGGCAGGCAAUAACAAGUCAAAUUUAAAUCACGCUUUGAGAUGUUCCAGAACUGGCAGUCACAUCCAGAGCCGCGAAUUGAGCCGUCAAAACAGAGGACUACCACCUCCCCGCACACACUCGGAACGCCUUUUUUGUCAUUCAUAGAGCCCAGUAUUAGUAUUCUACCAAGGACUUGUGCCUUAGCAUUACUUAGCCUACAAUAAUCAGAAUGGAUUGCUCAGGUCUUCUGACCUCCACCUGUCCAAGCAUGGAUUUGAAGUGGUCGUAGCCACAUGUGCACCUUAAAAUAGCAUGAAAUUUUUCCCUGCAAAAAGUCAGGGUCAUUCUUUUUCUUUUGGUUUGUUAAAUUAGCCUUAACCUCUACAAAUCCUGGGAGAGAAACUUUUGCUCUAUGAUGUAUUAGCAGGGCUUAAAUCUUUGACCUAUGCACCUCAUGCUUUUUAAGAUCUAAGUGUCCUCAUUUUUUCUUGCCUUCCGGUUUCACAUUAAAGAACCACUCUGAUCGUUAUUUGAUCUAAUUUCAAAGCGUUCUCAGUGGUCUUUUUAUGAUGAUUAUGCAGUUUUUAGCCAAAAUCAAAUGUCAUUUUCCAGGAAAUAGUUUGUGCAAAGACAAUAUUGGAGCUACUCAGCUGUACAGCUUUGAGCCAGCAGCCAGCUCAGAUGAGUACAACACAGAUGUUAAUGGAUCUAUUCGUGUACAAGUGGAUGCAUCAUAGUGCAGUGGAAUAGGGAGAUUGUAGCUUGUAAUUAACGACUACAAUCUUUUUCAAACUGCAUUUUUUCGUCUGCUGCUGAUUCACAACGGUUUGAAUAAAGAAAUACACUGAAAUUCAGUUUUAUUUUCUGAAUAAAUGUCCUCCAUUAUGAGAAAAAUGCUUCAAGAUCAUGUUAAAAACACCAAGAUUUUUGUCUCAUUUUCAUCCGAGUUGGUCUUUAAAUAUGCCUUUAUUUUUAAUUGUAUAUUUAAAAAGAUCUGUUAGUUUGCUCUGUCUUCUCAAUCAUUACCAGAGUGAAGCCUAUAGUCCAUCAAUAGGGGCUGUGAUCAUAAUUGAUACUGUAUGUGCCUCUGUGCUGCCUAACAGCAAGUCAGAAAUGUUUUUUUUUUUUUUUUGUGGCGCAGUUCAAUGCAGCGGGCGUUUCAGCGCCGCUUCUUUCUGUGCUCUAAUUUCUGACAUCAAUCAGUGAUGUGCAUCACCGCCCUAAAGAAUGACUGCAAUUACUGCUGCAAUAAUAGAACACAUUGAUAAUUGGAGACUUCAACACCUUUGCUUGUAAGAUAAAACAAAUCUGAUGAUGCCUUAAUAAAACCCUGGAAAAUGUU